GUUGCCAAUCUUCAGUAUAAUGCUCAUAUUGAUCAGCCUUCAUGAAGCAAAAUGCGAUCCUUAUAACCUGACAAAGAGAAUAGUUGGUGGGUACAACUGCUCUGUAGAAAGGUUUCCUUUCAUGGUAUCCAUCUGGGAAACCAUGUCCAUGAAGCAUUUUUGCGGCGGUACUCUGAUAAAGCCAAGUUUCGUACUGACCGCUGCCUACUGCAUGCAGCAAUAUGAGUCUUAUCCUCAUUUGAUCACUGUUGUAUCAGGAAUGUCACAGUUCAAUCAAGCAGGACUUCAAAGACGACAAGCUUCGACGAUCUUCAUCCACAGAAACUACAAUCCUAAGGAUUUUUCUUACAACAUCGCCGUAAUUCAUCUGGAAGACCCAUUCAUAAUGAACAAUUAUGUGACAAAAUUUAUUAAACUUCCACCUUUCCCAAUUAAUGUCGAUUUGAUCCACUUGUGCAAAGUUAUGACAGCCAUUGGGUGGGGACAUGACAAAUGGAUGCCGGAUACACCAGGAACAGACAAAUUCAACCAUGUUCUUCAAUGUGUUGAUCUUCCUUUGAUCAGUACCAGUGAAUGCGCUUCAAGAAAUAUGGGUACCCUUCACUUCUCUUUCGUCUGUGCCAUGGGCACAGGCAAAGAUGUUUGUCAAGGAGACGCUGGAGGACCUUUACUUUGUGGGGAUACUCAGUAUGGGAUAGUUUCUAGAGGCUACGGAUGCGGCAUGAAUGACCAACCAGGUUACUACACCAGGAUAGAUAGAUUCUUGUCAUUCAUAGAUCUAGCGACAAAUAUUCCAGCGAAAAAAAGAAGCCGAGGUGUUGUUUUUUUCUGGUCGACCAAGCUUAUCGUUAUAUUCGCUUUGUUCAUGGAACUAGUUUGAAAACAAGCAGAAAACUUUGUUCAGUCAAUAUGUAUGAUAUCAUUGAGAUUCCAAAUCUAAUAAUCAAUGAUAUGGGACACGAGAUACGAGAUACGGACCGAUGUCCGUGCUAGGAAAAAAGGAAUCUCGAAAAAAUGAUUUUGAGGCAGGCCGCGUAUACAGCAAAGCUCCUAGAAGCCCGUAGUCAAAAUAAUUUCAUGGAGGUUCAAAUUCGCUUCAUGAAACAGCGGUGAAAUUUCAAAUGUUAAGUUAAUUUCCUAUCUUUAGUUUCCAGCCUUCCAGGAGAGUUUAUGGGUGUUUAAAUGUUCGCCAUUUCUUGUAUAGGUUCGUCUCCGUUUCCGUUAUCCCUUUCAAAAAGUAAAUAUAAUUUUUGCUCAGUUUCAGAGCUACGAGAAAUGGAUUUAAAGCGAUUUUAUGCAUCGUCAAAUAUUCUGCGAAUGUAAAAAUAUUCUAUGUU